UUCCACAACCAACUUUUCAACAUCCUCAACGUUUGAACCAACGUCAACAACAUCUGAUGUAGCAACCACAACUCUGUCUGACACCACAAAAACAUCUGAUGCGACAACAUCUUUAGCAACCACAACCACCACUCCAACACCCUCAACUCUAGCAUCAGUGUCAAAAACAACAACUGAUGAAUCAAAAACAACUCUGUCUGACACCACUACAAGUACUGAUGCAACAACAACUUUGUAUUCCAAAACCACCCAUCUAAUGUCAACCACUGAUGCAUCAACCACAACUCUGCCUGACACCACAACAACUACUGGUGCUGCAAUUGUGACUUCCACAACCACGCCUCCAACAUCUUCGACAGUAGGACCAACGUCAACAACUGAUGAAUCAACAACAACUCUGCCUGACACCCCAACAUCUACUGAUGCAACAACAGUUUUGGCUUCCACAACGGCACAUCUGACAUCGACCACUAUAGCACCAGCAUCAACAUCUCAUGCAGCAACCACAACUAUGCCUGACACCACAACAACAAUUGAUACAACAACUUCUUUGGCUACUACAACCACCUUUCCAACAUCCUCAACUGUUGAACCAACGUCAACAACAUCUGAUGCAACAACCACAAGUAUUCCUGAUACCACAACAAUGAUAGAUGAAACAACAAAUUUGGCUUCCAUAACAACUCCUACAACAUCCUCAACUGUAGUGCCAGUAUCAACAACAACUGAUGCAUCAACAACAACUCUGUCUGACACCACAACAACAACAACUGAUGCAAUAACAGUUUUGGCUUCCACAACCACACCUCUGAAAUCGACCACUAUGGCACCAGCAUCAACAUCUGAUGCAGCAACCACAACUAUGCCUGACACCACAACAACAAUUGAUACAACAACAUCUUUGGCUUCCACAGCCACCUUUUCAACAUCCUCAAUGGUUGAACCAUCGUCAACAACAUCUGAUGCAGCAACCACAAGUGUUCCUGAUACCACAACAAUGAUAGAUGCAACAACAACUUUGGCUUCCACAAUCACUCCUACAACAUCCUCAACUGUAGUGCCAGUUUCAACAACAACUGAUGCAUCAACAACAACUCUGUCUGACACCACAACAACAACAACAACUGAUGCAACAACAUCUUUGGCUUCCACAACCACUGCUCCAACAUCCUCUAAUAUUGCACCAAUUUUAACAACUGAAACAGCAACCACAACUCUGUCUGACACCACAACAACAAAUGAUGCAACAACAAUUUUGGCUUCCACAACCACACCUCUGAUAUCGACCACUAUUGCACCAGCAUCAACAUCUGAUGCCGUAACCACAACUAUGCCUGACACCACAACAACAACUGAUACAACAACAUCUUUGGAUUCCACAACCACCUUUUCCAACAUCCUCAACGGUUGAACCAACGUCAACAACAUCUGAUGUAGCAACAACAAUUAUUCCUGAUACCACAACAAUGAUAGAUGCAACAACAAUUUUGGCUUCCACAACCACAACUCUUACAUCGACCACUAUAGCACCAGCAUCAACAUCUGAUGCCGUC